GUGGAAGUCCUGAUCAGAGGCGUCGGAGUCCCUGGUCUGCUGAGAGCUCAGCCUAAACGGAUCCUGAGUGUAGCUAAACGUAGAUCUCAUCAUGAAAACGUGAUGCUUUUCUGAAGGCAUGUUGGAAAAGGAUUUCCUACAGCCCGUGGACAUUUGCCAGUGGCGGUGAAGACAGGGAUGCUCCUACUUUAUGAAGACAGUGGUAUGAUGAUAAUGAAAGCUAUCUGGUGAUGCAUUUGAGGAAUGUGAAGCUUCAAGUCUGAGAUCUUGUGUGUUUAAGUUUUUGAUAAAAGAAGGUGAGGACAAGGCUUAUACUGAAAGCUUGGUGAUAUUUCUUCAAUAUUCUCAACAUCACAGUUAUAUGAGUGUAUUCAUUUUUUCACCAUGCACAAAGGAACUAUAAAGUGCAGUCAAGCUCAGUGUACACAAUGCAUCCCAAAAGGGAAGAGUUUUCUUCGGAUAUUAACAGGAGAUCAACAAGUUAACUGAUUCUUUUACAAAGACUGAAAGAACAUCGCACCACACACCUCUGUAACCUAUAUGGAGCUACGAGGGACCCGCGGGUCAAUGGGUGGCUCGGACCUGAGGGGUCAAGGGUUAGGAUUCAACAUCCCAGCCACCGCAACACCGGUCAGUUCUAUAAUAACGGCAGUGCGCCAGCAAGACUACUCAGCCAGCGUCUGGCUUCGCAGGAGGGAGAAACUGGAACAUUCUCAGCAGAAGUGCAUUGUGAUCUUCGCCUUGGUGUGCUGCUUCGCCGUGCUGGUCGCACUGAUCUUCUCUGCUGUGGACAUUUGGGGGGAAGAUGAGGAUGGGAUCACGGAGGAUAACUGUAGCAGGGACUGCAGAGUGGUGCUUGUUGAAAACAUCCCAGAAGACAUCUCAUUCUUAGACAAUAGUACAUCCCAUGUCCCUCUCUCUGUCGGGCUGUACAACCUCCUGGACCAAGCUAUCCGGAACGUAGAGAUAGUUUCCCCGCUGUGGCUACUCAACUCCUCCGAUUAUGAAUCCAGCUUCCAGCCCGCUGCCAGACAGGGCAGGGCUCUGCUGUCCAGGCUGCAGGGGCUGAAAGCUAAAGGAAUCCAACUGAAGAUCUCCAGCGGGAUGAUCGACUCGACUGAGCUCAGCACACUCGCCAAACACAAUGCUGAGGUCCACUAUGUGAACAUGACAGCGCUGACCAAAGGUCAUCUCCUCUCCUCCUUCUGGGUGGUCGACAGGAAACAUUUCUACAUCGGCAGCGCCAGCAUGGACUGGAGAUCACUGGCCACUAGAAAGGAGCUGGGUGUGUUGGUGUACAACUGUAGCUGUCUGGCUCUGGACCUCCACAGAGUGUUCAGCCUCUACUGGGGGCUCCAGUAUAAAGAUUUCAUCCCCUCCUUCUGGUCCAAACGCCUCUUUGCCCUCUUCAACAGGGACACGCCGUUGCAGCUCACUCUCAACAGCACAAAGGCUCAAGCCUACGUCUCUACCUCCCCAGAAGUUUUAAUCCCCAAGGAUCGUAGCAAUGAUCUUGAAGCCAUUUCCAGAGUCGUACAGGAGGCGCGCCAUUUCAUAUAUAUCUCCAUCAUCGACUACCUACCCCUCCUCAGCAGAAAUGCUAACAGGUACUGGUCUCGUAUCGACGGUCUUAUCCGAGAGGCUCUGAUCCUGAGGAAGGUCCGAGUUCGUCUGCUGAUAAGUUGCUGGGAAAAGACUCAUCCACUUACUUUCAACUUCAUCUGGUCCCUGAGGAGUCUGUGCAUGGAUCAGGCCAACUGUUCAUUAGAAGCUAAGUUCUUCAACCCCAGAGUGCAGAGGGAUGGCAGUCUCCAGGGAAUAAACCACAACAGGUUUAUAGUGACAGAGAGAGCCAUUUAUUUAGGUAACCUUGACUGGGUGGGGAAUGAGUUUAACUUUAACGCAGGUGCAGGCCUGGUGAUCAGUCAGCCAGAGGGCAUCGAGGAGAGGAACUCUACAGUGGUGGAACAGCUACGGGCUGCAUUUGAGAGGGACUGGUUUUCACGUUACAGCCGCUCAAUGCAGGCUAAUAAGAUCCCCUGCAACAGGCACCGGAUAAACAGGCUGGUGUCAGUGAAAACUAGCCACCUAGACAAUGGACCAGUGCCUAUCAGGGCAGGCCAGCAUGAUAGAGAACCUGCACCACUGAGAAACAGCCACAAAGAUGACGGACAGACUAGAACAAGACACCACGAUGACAGAUUAAGCAAAAUUACUCGCCAAAGCAUGACUAAUGGAAUGGUGCCAAUCAUUGACAGUCACCAAGAGAGGGGACGCGUCAAAAUUAGUCACCCUGACAACAGACAGGUACAGAUCAGAGAGAACUACCGUGACAAUCCAAUGGAUCCACCCAGUCAGUCAGCCGAGAGCAGCGGCAGCACAGAGAUCGCCAACGGGUCCCUGUGACCACAGAGCAUGAUAAAUUCCUUUAGAAUUAACUCACCGGGUCUUUGUAGCAUUUUCUUGUCAUUUUUAAGAAAACAGAAAGAUUUGAGUAUAUCUGGUUUGCAGGACUUUUUGAUGUGCACAGAAGAACUCAGGAAGGAAAGUAAAGACUUCACUGCAGUCUGGCACUUUUGAUGGAUUUUUAAAUAUUUUGGGUUUCAAAGAAAUACUGAUUAAUACACUGUAACAGUAACGUUCAGCCUUGCUAUUUAUUUUUUCUUUUUCUCUCCUUGUUGAGGUCUCGAGUGAAAAGAAACAGGUGAACCCUUAUUGAUUGCCUAACUAGCUGUUAAGCUGUUUGUGGCAGUCAUAAUGUAUUACCCUUUAAAAGCGGGAAUGACACCUGCAUGUCUAUGCAGAGACGGGAGGCAAUGCAGCACGUGUGGCCACACCAGCUACAUUUAGGAGUGGGUGAUUUACUACACCACCUUACAUGUUGUUGAUCUUUAAUUGCAUCUGUAUUCCGAUUGGACGUGGACACUUUGGACUCAUGUAAAUAGUUUUGUGCAUCUCCAGCAGUAUUCGAAGUCAGUUACUGUGCAUUCAAAUAAUGACUUAAAACUUAUAUAUUAACACCUCCCAGACCAAAUCAACCACACUUACACUCAUGUGGUCCUUCUACAUGACUUUUUUCAACAGUGUCACUAGCUGGAAAGAGAAAUAUGUGGAAAUAUAUUUGACAUUUUUACAUUUAAAUGGGUUUACAGUUGACUCAUACGAACACAGAUCCCUGCAAAGGGUUUUUCCGUGUUUGUGUUAAGGGGUCAAAAAUUGCAAUUUAAUGUGCACUCACAAAACACACUGAAUUUGAUCAAUGUUAACAUGUAAUGUAAUUAAAGCAGCCUCAUAAAUUAUUUUGAGUGCUGGCUCACAGUUAAGGAAUUGGGGUGGGGGUGGGGGGCCUCUAAAGGGAUUGCAUUGAUCAAAUCAUGCCCUCCAUGUUUUAAUCUCAAUGUGGAGGAGUAAACACUGUACAGAGAGCGGUUACAUAAUCCACUCUCUUCACUGCAGGAAGGUGUAUAUCAAAAUGUUUUGUUUCAUGGAGGACAUUCUUGAAUUAGACGAUGCCAAUAUUCUUCAGUGAUUAUGACCUUACAUUAAAUGUACAAGUAUUUUUUCCUGGAGGUACAGGGGCUAUCAAUCUGAAAAGGUCCGUAUAGAUAAUCAUUCCAGGUCCCAGUUUACAAAUCUUGGGAAAAGACAAGGAAUUUAAUUUAUAGGAUACUUCCAAAUGCAAUGUUGUGACUUAUUGAACAAAUACUAAAGAAGCAGUUAAGAAGGGGCCAGAGGGUCUCUCCUGUCAGCCAAAUCAAUACAAUGAAUUUUUUAACACAGUUUCAGAGUUGCUGCAGUUUAGCCUCAAGGACAUGGUGGUCUGUAGUGUCACGCCUGUGACUGAAUAUAUAUUACCUUUACCAUGUAGAGGUAAAACUGAAAAUAUACGAAUGUCACUAAAAACAACUAAUUUACCCCAAACUGUAAGCUUGUAGCUACAUUCAUUUGCAUUUUGAAUGCUUGCAUGUCAGUUUAGGACCUUUACACAGUGUUUGCUGUGAGUGAGUUUAGUAACAAUGCUUGUGGGAUUAUAAUGCAGAAAUAUUUUUUAACUUUAAAAGCCAUUUAUCAAAGAAACAGUACCAGAGGGGCGGCGCAGGGUGAUGUUCUCAUCAGGUUGUUAUGGUCUGUGCUUUAAUCAGUACUUCUGAAUUCACUUAGCAGGAAUUGAACAAUUGAAUUAUUUAAUUUUGCAGUAGUGCAGAAAAACAGCAGAAAUUAUGACAGGUAGUCAUUGUGGUAAAAUUAAAAUAUCACAUGAUGUUUUGAGGAUAUCACCAGUAUUCUCUGUGCAGAAUUUGUGCCUGCUCUGCUGUAAACCACUGCACAGUCUCAGUCCUGUCAUAACAUGAUCCCUGACAGGACACAUGUAGCCGAACCACUGAUACAAGUGGAAAAUCAAAAAGUCAAAAAGACACCGUCUGACUAUUUUAAUCCGUUUGUUAUGGAUAACUUCUGCCAUCUAGAGGAUGUCACAGGAAGAAACGUUUCUUCUCACUUGUCUGCUGCAAUAUGAUAUUAUAAUUUUUCAAAAUCAGACUUGGACAAGAACACAUGUUGGUUUACAACUACUGUUUUUAUGUCAAUUGUUUUGGGUUUUUUUUAAACCCCAAAACAUCUAUAAGUGGCAGCGACAUGGGAAUGUAAGUGCGAAAGUAAGAACUGGAAUUAUGUUGAUAAUUAUUUGUUGGUAUGAUGCGAUCAGAGGUUUAUUUGUUCUUUACAAAACAACACGUAUUCUACCUACACAGUAUAGUACAGGACGUUAAUAUACAAGCAUUAAAGUAUGAAACAAGAAUAAUGUGUUUAAUUCUAACAUGCGUGUACCCUAACACUUUCUCUUAUUAACUGAUUUAUAACUCUUAUAUGACACUAAUAUGAAUGCAAACACAAUCAUCUGUUCCAUUUGUUUGUCCAUACAGAGUGAAUCUCAGUAGUAAUGUCCACAAACCACUUCAUCACCACACUGUAUUGCUUGUAAUCUUGUAAUCUGACAGCUGGUCUGGAGUCAGAUUCACUACUUUAUGCUGCUAUUAUCUAUGAUUGUCACACAGGAGGGGUGGGGUUGAUGUAUAUUACUUGUUUUUUCAAACUGUUUUGAUAAAUACAAAUAGUUAACAGGGACCAGGAUUAUGCCUUUAAUGGCGGAUUUUCAAUGGAGACUUCUAGAACACCACGACAAACAAUACAACAAUGCCAAGGUUUAAAAUCAACGGUUUACAAUCUGCUACAUGCAAAUUACAACAUCCAGAAUGUUUCUGUAUUGCCUGUUGUACACUGUCUGUCUGUCGAUCCCUCCAGGGAGAUGAAAGAAAACUGAGCAGUUUUCACUAAAUGCUCUUGAAGUCAGAGGACGGAUUUGUGGUAGCUGCCAAGUUAAACAGAGUGAAGCACUAGUACUGAAUGGUUCACUUUAAAUGCUCACUGUAAAAGCUUUUUUAAUGUCGCCUACCUUUAUUCUGUUGGCAUGACUGCUGCUUGCAUGCCCUGCCUUUAUAAACUGCACAGUAGCUAUGAGCCUUUCUAGAGAUCAUGAUAAUAUGAAAAAAAUGUUAUAUACCU